UCCAGUCUCGAAAAACUAGCUAGCGGUGUGUGAUCCACCACGCGUAGAAAGUGAGAAAAUAAGUGCUGAUAGAGGCAAAAGUCGCGAAUACCAUCCAGAAGCAUUACGUAGAGAGGCAGACAGAAAAAAAUGCAACGCUUUGUAGUGUUCGCCGCUUUGGUUGGCCUUUCCACGGCUCAAUUCCCGAACGGAAGGAUACUGGAAGCGCCGAAUCCGCAACUAUGUGCCAACCGCAUUGUCCACGAAAGGGCUCCCGAUGGAAAGGGCUAUUUCUUCUCGUGGCGUGAUCCCACCCUGCAAGGCGCAGAGAAAGACUGGCUAGACGCAAGAAACUACUGCCGGCAACGAUGCAUGGACAGCGUUUCCGUUGAGACCAGCCCCGAAAACGAAUGGAUCAAGCAGAAAAUCGUCGAUGGAAAGCAAAAAUACAUCUGGACCAGCGGACGACAGUGCGACUUCAAGGGCUGCGAUCGCCCGGACUUGCAACCGGUUGCCGUGAACGGCUGGUUCUGGACUGCUGAGCUGCAGAAGCUAGCGCCCGCCAACGUGCGAAACCAAAACGACUGGUCCGAAAACGGAGGAAUCGGAAAACCCCAACCGGACAACCGUGAACUACUGCAAGGCGGUGCACCCGAGAACUGUCUAGCAAUCCUGAAUAAUUUCUACAACGAUGGAGUGCACUGGCAUGACGUUGCCUGCCACCACGUAAAACCAUGGGUUUGCGAAGAAAACGAUGCUUUACUGAAAUACGUCAAGUAUACAAAUCCUAAUUUACGCAUUUAAGGUGCAUCAUGGAAGUGCAAAAUGUCCCCAUGUUCUCAAAAUGUUCAACUGUUCUUCGUUAGGUUUCACCAAUUGUGUAUCAAAUAUCUGUUUUUUUUUUCUUUUUCCUCAUAGUGCUGAACUACAGUAGGUUUUCUGCAUAAAUUAUAUAUUUAGUAGUGCGCAUAGAACAUAAGACUUAAUUUUUCUAAGAAAGCGUUUUCGACUGCUAGGUUUGAAUGGAACUUUUGAUGUUUGAUAGUGACUUGAUCAUAGGUUCUAAGAUCCAUUUUAUUUAUUAAAUAAAGCCUAAAACCAA